AACCUCCUCAGAGCCGACUUCAUUGAGUUGCGUAACACCAUCACCGCCACCGCCUCCGCCGCUGCCAGAGGCGGAUCAGCUGGUUUUGAUCCCACCCAACGAGGGUUUCCCGGUGUCUGAUGACGCCAGAUACCGAAGGACACCUGACUCUCCACCACCGGCCCUCAGCCCAGACAUUGCAAUCGACCUGCCAGAGGUCUCCACUUCUUCCUCUCCCGAACCUCUGGCCGUUCCCCUCGUCAAUGUUCCCUCCGAAUCCAGAGACCCCCUGAAUGUGGGCGAGGUGGAGUGCUACUGCGAGGGUUUUGUGGAUUCC